UGUCUCCUCAGAGUGCUAGCUAAUGCCAAUUUAUGAGGGAUAACCGCGAAUAAAUAUAUAUUUUACUCUUUUUUUCCCAGCGGUUGUAGAGUCAGUAUAUAUGUGAUACUUUAACUGUAUUCCGUUGAAGCCAUGUCAACAAAAGCGGAGUGCAGAGUGUCCAGCUCCACUUCCAGAACAGAUGAGAGGAGGAGAUCGAGGAGCAGAGGGCGAGAAAAAAGCAAGCGGAAACGCAGCCGUAGUAGAUCUUCCUCAUCGUCCUCUUCCAGUUCAUCGUCAUCAUCUUCAUCAUCCUCUUCCUCAUCAUCCUCUUCUUCAUCGGGUUCAUCACACUCAUCCAGCCGCAGUCGAAGCAGCUCCAGCAGCAGUGACUCCCGCAGUAAAUCCAGAAAGCAGUCUAAGAAAAGGAAAAAGGAGAAACAACACAAAAAAAAGGGAAAGAAAGAGAAGCGGCACAAACGUAAAAAAGACAAGAAAGCAAAAGGAGGAGAGGAAAACUCGGGACCUGUACAGAUCUCCAAGUACUUGAAGGACAGGAAAAAAGGCAAGUACAGCAUGAUUUCAGGGAAGAAGAUAAAGAUGAAAGUAAAGAAGUCAAAGAAAGACAAACAGCGGGAUAAAAAUCGGGCAGAACUUCUUGAGUUCUUGAACUCUACCCUGUGAUGCCACUGGACGCCAGUAGCGGUGGUCGGGCUCGUCAGCAGAACUCAGGAAACAACAACUCAGCCUUGAGGACGAGAUGAUGAAUACGACUUGAAUGAACACACGGGCAGCACUGAGCCAGAUGGAGGGAAGGAGCUGCAAAGUGAGAUGCUGCUGUCCAGGUUCCCCAUUCUUCAAUUUUUACUCCGAUCGCUUUUGUGACAUGAGCAGAGUUUUUGUUGAACGGUGUCUUUAUCUGUGGCCAAAUAGAUCACAUGAAGGUGUAAUUGUCAUCAGGCAGCGUCAGAGUGUUCAAAGUGGGUAAAGUGCCAGUCAUUGGCUUCUCAACUUUGCCUGUGGUUUGAACGUAUGCCAUCCCUCUAAAAGAGUACUCCACCGAUUUCGCAUUGCACAUUGUUGGACUCACAUUUGAGAAUAAUCAUUGUAAAAAUGAUCAGAGUUUAUGCAGCAGAGGCAGAGAUAUUGUCUGUUUUUUGUUCCAUGCAUUCUUCUGUCGUGUCAAAAUCUGCAUUAUCCAGAAUGCAACUUGACCACUGACGGGUCGGUUGGAGAUUUGGGUGUGUUACGCUAGUUGUGGCUAAUGUACCCUCAAGCCUCUAGCUUCAUGCAGAGAUGAGGAGAGGGCUCCAGAGAUCUGGUGAGCUCAGUUUUUUCUCCAUACCAGUGCGGACAUGAGUAACCUCACUUGAGGACAUCAGAUUUCAUACAGCUCCCUCUGGAGCCACAAAAGGCUUUAUAA